AUGGCUCUAAAUACGGAUAUAUCGACCCGCUCUUUUAUUGUUGCAUUGAAGUCACCUUUUGGUGGCAAAUCUACACGCGAAAUCGCAGAAAUGACAGGCAUAUCGCCGCGUACGAUCGACUCAAUUUAUGGUAGAGCCUGCCAGCGAGGCUUUGAGCCUAACGCACGCCUAAUUAAGAUCCUUCCGCAGUACCUCGAAGAUGCCCCGCGCGCAGGACGCCCUCAUUGGACACUUGAAGAUUGGAAGAACGUUAUUUGGUCAGAUGAGACUUCUGUUGUUCUCAACCACCGUCGCGGUGGCUAUCGUGUGUGGCGACGCCUGGAUGAAGUCUUUACCAAAAGUGUUAUCCGAGAGCGGUGGAAGGGCUACUCUGAAUUUAUGUUCUGGGGCUGCUUCACGUACGACUACAAAGGUCCUUGCCAUGUCUGGAGGCCUGAGACUGCGCAGGAGAAGAGAGACGCCGCUCUCCAGAUUGAAGAGUUGAAUAAGGCUCUAGAGCCUCUCAUGAGAGAGGCGUGGGAGCUUACAACAGGCAUGAAGAGGCUUGGAUUACGUAACAAGCCUGGCAGAGUUCCACAAUGGAGAUGGGUAAAAGAGACGGGUAAGCUGGCUCGUGAGAGCAGUCGUGGUGGCAUUGAUUGGUGGCGUUACCAGACUCAAGUUCUUAUCCCAAAGCUAAUUCCCUUCGCAAAGGAGUGCCAAAAAGAGAGACCACGUGUCUUUGUUCAAGAAGAUAAGGCACCUUCGCAUACCCACCACGCUCAAAGAACUAUAUACCGAAACGCUGAGGUGGAGCAGCUCCCAUGGCCAGGCAAUUCACCUGAUCUCAACGCUAUUGAAGCAGCCUGGCCAUGGCUCAAAAGAAAAACAACACGAAGAGGCGCACCAAAAAGUCGGGCGGAAGGGACAAAAGUAUGGCAACAGUACUGGGAUGAGCUACCUCAACACCAAAUUCAAGCUUGGAUAGAGCAUAUUCCGUUUCAUAUUCAAGAAAUCAUUAAACUUGAAGGUGGCAAUGAGUACAAAGAGGGGCGGCGGGACCGAUCUACAUAG